UCAGCUUCCUCCCCUGAGCUCGUCUAUCCCUUAUGCAGGCUAGGACCGAAUGAAGCUCAUUGGCAUGUCGGGCCCCGAAGAAGAAGGAGUUCCGAUGUAGGGCUUUCCCUGCCUUUCUUCCCGCUCGGUAGUUUGGCGUCAAAAGGCAGGCAACGGGCGCCUCUCGCUUUAGCUGCCGGAUGGUCUCUUGAGCCUUUGCGUGGUCAUUGUUUAUCUUCUGAAGCUGUCAAGGAACGUCAGUUUCAAGGUGAUACUUAGAUCAGCGGAAGAUGACGCAGAGGAAACAGUAUGUUCAGCAGGUGCUGUUGUCCAGACUCUACUGCACCCGUUCCAUUCGAGCAAAGCAACUUCUGAAGCAAGAUGACUUGCUUGUAAAAGUCAGAGUAUGAGAGUUUUAUUAAUGCUACCGUCCAAAAGAAGUAUGCAUUUACAAUGAACACUUCCCCUGAAGGAUAUAGUGAAUUCUCUUACAAAAACAAGAACCCUGUUUAAAAAUACAAGUCCAUAACUGUAACUGGACAUAAGAGUGCAUCAGAAUGUAUGUUAAUUCUAGAAAAAUAAGAAAAUGCCCAUUUGUGCAGCUUUUUGCCACUUGUUUUGUACUGUGUCUCAUGACUUUUUGGGAACCACUUGACAAUAAUAUUGUGAGCCACGUGAAGUCUUACUCGUAUAGAUACCUCAUAAAUAGCUAUACUUUUGUGAAUGAAAGCUUAUCUGUUAGUAAGAACUUUGAUAGGUUAGCAGCAAAUCGAUACUUGAUCAACCACAAAGAGAAAUGUCAAAAGCAAGAUAUUCUCCUCCUAUUGCUUGUAAAGUCUUCACCUGAAAACCGUCACCGGAGAGACUCUAUUCGACAAACGUGGGGUAAUGAAAAGUAUGUCCAAUACUAUCUUAAGGCCAACAUAAAGACCCUAUUUGUGUUGGGGCAAUCAAGUGAUCCUACACAGAGAGACCAUAUGGAAAUGAGGCUUCAAACAGAAGACAAGGUAUAUGGUGAUCUGAUUCAACAAGACUUUGUGGAUACUUUUUACAACCUUACCCACAAAUUACUCUUGCAGUUCAGCUGGGUAAAUAAAUUCUGUCCUCAUGCCAAGUUUGUUAUGUCAGCAGAUGAUGAUAUUUUCAUCCACAUGCCAAAUCUUGUGGCAUACCUUCAAAAUCUAGCACAAAUUGGUGUUCAGAAUCUUUGGAUUGGGCGUGUCCAUCGUGGAUCACCUCCAGUAAGAGACAAGAAAAGCAAAUACUAUGUUCCCUAUGACAUCUACCCAUGGCCUGCUUAUCCUGAUUAUACAGCUGGAGCUGCAUAUGUAAUAUCAAGUGAUGUAGCAGCUAAAGUAUAUGAAGCCUCACAGACUCUUAAUACAAGCCUGUAUAUAGAUGAUGUUUUCAUGGGUCUCUGUGCCAACAAAAUGGGAAUUGAACCACAGAAUCACCUCUUUUUUUCUGGGGAAGGUAAGGCUCCAUAUCAUCCUUGUAUCUACAGCAAAAUGAUGACUUCCCAUGGACAUGUAGAAGACCUUCACUAUCUCUGGAAACAGGCUAUGGAUCCAAAAGUGAAAAAUAUUCCCUCUGGAGUUUGGGGCAGAAUAUACUGUCGAAUCGUUAACAUUAUGCUCCUUUGCAGAAUACACUACCAGGAUACGUAUCCCUGUGUUGCUGCAUUGUCCUAAUACUUGAAUAUCAAAAUAGACCUGAACCAAAGAUGAAAUGUCCAAUUCUUUUUCUCCUAAGACAUAUGAAAAAUGAACUUGGAAUGUUAUGUGAAAACUUAAAAUGUGAAAGCUUGCCUAUAUCCCACAUUAAUCUAAUAGCUUCACCAAAGUUUUCUUAGCUAUAUUAAAUUAUUUGUUCCCAUAUAUUUCACUGUAUUUGUCCAGAAACUUAAGAAUUGGCUUGAUAUUAAACAAUAAAAAAUAUACACUUAUUUCUAAAUUCUGAAUUAUCAGUAAUUACCAAAUAGAACUGAAUUUGGAAAAUGGAUUAUUUAAAAUGAUGCGCAUCUGUUUAUAAGAAGAUUUGGAAUUAAUAUAGAUAAGGUAGGCAGCUUAAAUAAAUACAGUGAAAGUAUUGAUGUACAAGUUAAAUAGCAUUUUCCCACUCCUGCCACACACAUACCACCACUCCCCAGCACAAGACAUUUUGAUGCUGUGUCUUAUCAAUCCAAUGGCAUCAUGCAUUUUACCACUACAUCAUAGUGAUCACUCAGUCAUAACUUCAGAAACCUUGAUCCUAUAUAAGUGGUGCUAAUGCUGGCUUCAAACACUGGUUCAAGUGAAUCCUGCAAAACUGGUGAAUCUACAGAAAUGAGUUUAUAGGAAGAUUGUGCUUCAUCUUUUCUGCAAAAUUUUGUCAAACUUACUUCACCACGAUAAAUUUAAAAAUGUAAAACCCUAAUCUUUGAACAAAGAACGCUGUUAAUUAAUCAUAACCUCCUAGUUGGCCUUCACUUCAAAUAUAUUUUCACCCACUCAUGCUAAGCUUGAUAAGCAGGAGAAAGUUUUAAAAACCACUGAAGGGGUGCUUCAGAGGAAUUUAAUUGGGUUGUAUGUCCUGCAAGUUUACAAAAACCUCAAUGCUCAAAUAAAAAAUGUUAUUAAUCUGAAAAGUAAAGGAUUAUAGUGCAUAAAAGAAUGGCUUUUAAAGUUUAGAAAGGUGCAAAAUGUACAAUCCAUGCCAACUCCUUACACUAAUACGUUUUUCACAUUAAAACUUUUGAAUUACCUUGCCAUCUAUGAUCGUUCUCUCAUGAGAAAUGUUUCUCUCAUGAUCAUCCCAACUGUGUUUCUCUUCUUAAUAAUCUGAACAUAAUAACAUUUUCUGGGUAGUAUCCCAACUAAGCAGUUGUGCUAGUGUAAGCAAUUUUGGUCAUGCAAUGGAAUUUCCCGUCCCUCUUUCCUACCUGUGUGGAAAGAGGAACAGGAGGGGAAGUUCCACUGUGCAGCCAAAAGUGCUUGUGCUAGUGGAACUGUUUAUUUGGAUACCAUCCUCUGUUUACAGCAGGGAUGAGGAUCCUGUGGCUCUCUAGAUGUUGUUAGUCAUUGGCAAUGCCCGGGGGACUGAAGCUGAUGGGAGGUGUAGUCCAACAUCUGGAGGUCUACAGGUUCCCUAUGCCUGGUUUAGUGUGGGAUGCAAGUGAGUUUACAAGUUUGGUCAUACCAUGUCUUUCAGGUCUCUAGGCAAAUCAUUUUACCAUAAUUUGCAGUGGGGGAGUGGACAAUCUUGGUCACUCCUCCUUGUCUUCUUCCUCUCCCAGUUUGCUGGCUUUGCUUUAAAAUCCAAAUGAUACAGAAUGUAGGGUUAUCUGAAUGUGAAUUUUAGUGGGUGUUUAAUUUCCAUAUUAACAAUUUCAAACAUCCCACUGAUAGUAGUUAGCUAUAUGAACUCCAUCCAAUAAUUGUCAGAAAAUGUUUAAAAAUUUUGAUCUUGCAAGCAGGUAUUUGAUUUGUCUGCAUUGCUGGUCCUAUUAAGUGCAGAAACAUUAACAAGAUUUAAGGAGGCCUAAUGUAUACCUAGCACCUAUACCUCAAGUUGAUUUGUUGAAAAUCCUGUAUGUGUUUGUGUUUUACAGCAGGUCUGUUCUGUUUUUUAAAAGUAUUUAUUAGGUAGCUUUAAAAGGACACCAAGAUGGUUGUGUGCUAUAGCACAGGGAAGAAUGUUUGAACAAUUUAAAGAAAUUAUGAAGGCACUCCUUUUCCAGAAAAAGGGAGCUCAACAUUUUCUUAACCACCUGGGCACUGAACAUUGUCUUUAUAUUUUUAAAACUGGAAAUUGAGUUUGCCAGGCUCCAGAUGCAAGGCUGUUGUACUUUUUUUUUUUUUACUUAACUAGUAAAAUUGCUUCAGCCUGAAUGGUCACUUCGGGUACCAGUUUUGACAAUGUUGAACAAAAGUGUUUAUUACUUAAUUAGUUCUUACUCAUUUGAUUUGCAGCUAUUUGAUACAAUUUUUAAUUACAAAAAUGACGGUUUAUUGUUGGCACUUUUACUCUAUCAUAUGUUUUGUAAAAUACCUGUUUUCAAUAAACAAUUUUGUGUGUUUGUAAA